UGCUCUUGCGAUUGCCAACAAGGAGGUCAGCCGACUGAAAAGUGACAAAGCUGCCCUGAAUGACAAGGCCAGUCAGUUGACUGGGAAGAAGAAUGAUCUGGAGGCCUUUCUGAGUGGACUUGCCAAGAAGUUGUUCCUUAUGCUCGAAGAAUUUUGCCAAAACUUUGAAGAGGAAACUAGUCGGCUGGAACCAAACCUGGACCCCAUCAACUCUCCGGUGAAUGAUGAAGUUGCCAUGAACGUGUUCCGGCUUGAGUCUCGCAUUGCUGCCGUCGUUGACUAUCUUGCAAGGCUGAAGGUCGCCACUUCCCGCAUUGACACCACGCUCUGGCCCAGGGAGACACUCCAGAACGACCUCGAGUCUCUGAUGGCUCGACUAAACAUAGUUCCUGGUCGAGUGCAGGAGUGGAAAAAGUCCUCUGCUAGGUGCGGUGCAGAUGUUGCUCUGUGUCUGGCUCGAGUCCACUGCAAGGAUGCGCGAGAAGACAAGCUGGCGGCUCUCCGGGUGGCCAACACCAAGAAACACGACUUCAGGUCCUUCAUGGAGACCUUCAUCGCUGCUGCCACUCGGAUCGCGGACGGAAUUGAUCUUGAUGAGGUUGUUGCACCUUCCAGCCCUCCACAGGAGGGGUAAAAAACUUCUUUGAGCUCGACACUUUAAAUUUGCCUCGGUAUGCCGAGUGAUUUUGUAACCGAUAAACCUUAACAGGCUUAAUGCCUGAGCACU